GGAACCCGCGCCCCUGGCCCCGCCCCGGGCCGCCGGGACCAGCUGCGCGCCUACCCGCAAUCUCGCAGCCGCCGGUUACUGUGAGUCCGCGCCGUCCCGGGCCCGCCGCCGCGAUAUGUCGCAAAAACCGAAGAGUCGCGGCCGCGCCGGCACCCAGGCAGAACGGGAGCGGGACUGGGGAGGAGGCGGCGGCGCAGAGGAGGCCCCGAGCACGUCCCGCGGGCCUUCCUCGCAGGGCGGCCGGCGAGCCGAGGCCUCCCCAGCGCCGGGGCCCCGGUCGCAGAAGCAGCUGGAGCUGAAGGUGGCCGAACUCGUGCAGUUCCUGCUGAUCAAGGACCAGAGGAAGAUCCCGAUCCGGCGCACCGACAUCCUGAAGCACGUGGUCGGGGACUAUAAAGAUGUCCUCCCAGAGCUGCUCCGGCUGGCAGCCGAGCGCCUGGAGUACGUGUUCGGGUACCGGCUGGUAGAGCUGGAGCCCCGGAGCAACACCUACAUCCUGGUCAACACGCUGGAGCCGGUGGAGGAGGACGCCGAGGUGCGCGGCGACCAGGGCACACCUACCACCGGGUUGCUGAUGAUCGUGCUGGGGCUCAUCUUUAUGAAGGGCAACAGCAUCAAGGAGACGGAGGUCUGGGACUUUCUGCGGCGCCUCGGGGUGCACCCCACCAAGAAGCACCUGAUCUUCGGGGACCCCAAGAAGCUUAUAACCGAGGACUUCGUGCGACAGAGGUAUCUGGAGUACCGGCGCAUCCCCCACACUGAUCCUGUGGACUACGAGCUCCAGUGGGGCCCACGCACCAACCUGGAGACCAGCAAGAUGAAGGUGCUCAAGUUCGUGGCCAAAGUCCACAAUCAGGACCCCAAGGACUGGCCGGCUCAGUACUGUGAGGCUCUGGCGGAGGAGGAGGCCAGGGCCAGACCCCCAACAGGUGGCCCAGCCCCUUCUUGAAAUCUGAGAGACUCAGAGGGACUCCAGGGUGGGUAGGGGGGGCGCGCGCGCGCGCGCGUGUGUGUGUGUGUGUGUGUAUGAGAGCAUCUUUCUGCUAAAGCUUCAAUGUGCGUAGUUUUAGGAUGUGUUUGCCGACUUAUAUUGCAAGUUCCUUGGUUCCAAAUUUUCACCUAUAAAAAUAUUAACGGACAAUUUGUUUUGAUUUAUUGUCUGUGUUUUUUGGUAUAAAAAUCUCGCUAGCUUUCUAAAGCUAAUUGGAAAACUUUGUACCAUGAUCUGGAAAUAGAUAUUGAAGAAAGAACACAUCAGUAAGUUGCUUUGAUGUCAAGGAAAUAAAAGCACGAAAUGGCUCUUACCUGGCCUCUUGACGACCCCACUUUGAAAGGAACAAUAAAAGUCUAUAAAUUGAAACCUAAAAUGUAAUUGCCUAUAUCCCUUUUUAAAUUUAGCAUAGCUACUUUUAGAAUGUAUUUUUUAUGUAUAUAAGCGUUAUGAAUCAUUCUAGGUAAUGUACAUGCUGUAUUUUUCCCAAAUAACUUUACCUCGGUAAUUACUACUAGGUUGUGUGGCUGACUUUUAGUUACAUUUAUUUUUUUCCUUUUUUGGCUACUAUAGUUACAAUAAAUACUGUGUUUUGAAGCA